UAUAUUAUAUAAUAAAUAAAAUAAGUAAAGAAGAGGCAUUUGUUCUUCGCGUCACUAUUUUUAAUCCCUCCGCGAUUCAUUCCUCCACUCUGCCUUCGCUGCACCAAAAACACAGAACACAGUAACAGAGUAAAAGAAUGGGUGCAUUGGUAGCCGGAGUCAUUAUAGAUGAGUCAGUUCUAAUAGACAACUCCGCCGGCUUCUCAUUACCGCCGGCAGCUCUCUCUCUCCUCCGUAGGCUCCGCCACUCCAAACUCCACUUUGGACUUUCUUAUUCACCGGCUCUAACUGAUGAUAAGGUGAGCCUGCUUGAAAAAAUAGCAAUGCAAUACUCCUUUGAUUGCUUUGCUUUGGAUGCUACAUCCACUGAUGGUGGCUUGAAGGAUAUAACCUUGGCUUGGGGAGGUAUAGGAGGGACUAUUUUGUAUGUUGCUUCUAAUAGCAAGAAGGAUGGUUUUAAUCAAUUAAGCAAUUUGGGCUGGAUCACUGUUGUCAUCGAUGCUGAAGGUGCAGCUGCUGGUAAUAAUUCAACCGUUCUUUAUAUAAAUAAACUAGAAGAAUUGCUUUUUACCAUUUGCCACUUAAAUAGAAAGGCGAUUGGCAGCGAUGCUGUUACUGUUGGUUAUAUCAUGAAGCCUUCACGUGAAGAAGAUUUUGCUAAGAGGGGUGCAUUCCCCAUAUCUCCUACUUCAAAUGGAUUGAUGUUUCUGCCCCUGACAUUUGAACUCCCCCUACUAUUUCAAUUACAACAUGUUGACAUAGUUCUGCAUAAAGCAACGGAUGAAAUCAUCUCUGUUGAAUUAGGCAGCUCUACAGAAUCCUCAAGCAGAAUUACUUACACCACAGGCAUGCAAGAAUUACAAGGGUACAUGGAAGAUCCUUCCAAUUGCUUUGUGAUUGACCCGCUUGAUAAAAUAUACCCUGUAGUAGAUCGGCUAAAAAUACAACAAAUUCUUCUUGGGCUGGAGGAUAUCAACACAGAAGGCCGCAACACAAUUAGAGGACCACAUUUUCUAAAGGUUAAUGAUUUUAAUGAGCCUAAUUUGGUUCAGAGGCUGUUGGAAGCUAAACUAACUCUUCCUAGUAUAGUCAAACCUCAAGUUGCCUGUGGGAUAGCUGAUGCUCACAGUAUGGCGAUUGUCUUUGGAGUUGAAGAUUUUAAGGGUUUAAGUGUUCCUCUUCCAGCGGUUGUUCAGGAAUAUGUUGACCAUUCAUCCACUUUGUUCAAGAUCUAUGUCCUGGGUGAGAAAGUUUUCUAUGCUAUUAAGAAGUCUAUGCCUAAUGUUGAUGUCUUAAUGAAAUUACCUGAAAGAAAUGGGCCUUUAAUCUUUGACAGCUUAAAAUCUCUUCCUACUGGCACUGAAGGGUCUGGCAGUAAGGAUUUCUUCACACCCAACAGCCACUAUUUUGAUGUUGGUCUAGUCACUGACGCUGCAAAUUGGCUUGCAAGAAAGCUUGAUCUCACCAUCUUUGGUUUUGAUGUUGUUAUUCAAGAAGGCACCAAUGACCACGUCAUUGUGGAUGUAAAUUACCUCCCAUCAUUCAAGGAAGUGCCAAAUGAUGUGUGCAUUCCUGCCUUCUGGGAUGCUAUUAAAAUGAAGUUUGAAUCAAGAAGGAUGAAAUAAAUGCUGCGAAUAUACCAUUUUGAAGCAAAUAAGUAGUACUUUUCCUGACUGAGACAGUAUUGGCAAACUGCCCAAGAACUUUAACCAUCUUUUGUUUAGACUAGUCAUUUUCUUGAAAAGAUGAGUUGAAAUACCAAUCAUAUAUUCAGGGAGUACGUACUCGAAGAGUUUGAAGAAUGGAGUGUAACUGAUUUCUGUUUUUUUGCCCAUUAUUAUUAGUAAUCUAUACCCGUCUGAUUGUGAAAUCUUACAUUUGAUAGAUAAAUCUUUUGAAGUCCCUUCUUGUGCCAUAUUCCGGCAUUGGUUA